AAAAACCUUCCAAAAAUGCAAAUGUCUGUGAGUGAGUCAAUUGCGAAUCCCUUUUCCUACAAAUACAAUUUAAUUCCCACAAACCCUUAUAUCUCUGUACAUAGUUCUAUGCCUACAAUAAUUCAAAAUUCUUUAUGAUAAUGUAUCUCGAGAUCUUGUGAUGAUCAUCCAAUUUUGGAUUAUUCCAAGAUGUUCCCACUUAACUGCUGGACAUGUCUGGGGGCAUCUCCUUCACAAAGCUUAAAUCAGAUUGGCUAAGGCACUGGGAUUUGUUUGGCAUGCCUUCAUCAAAACCCAUAUGCUACAAGCAAUUGCUUUGAUUUCUGUGUAUAGGUACAGAUUCUUAAAUUCUUCUUCAGCUAUAUAUUAUAUGCAUCAGCAGAGGCAUAUACUAAAGGGAAUAUGAGAGCAAAUUUUUGAAGUUUGCAAAGGAGAUUCUUAUAAGGACCAGGCAUAUAAGAAAGGCCAUACUCAAAUUGACUCCGCUUCGAAAAUCUUUUCGUUUUUUUUUUUUCUGUUGAAUUCCGAUGGAGAAGCUUCUUAAUUCGUAUGACAAGGAAUUUAUGAAAAUGGCCAUGUUAAAGCACGAGGAAACAUUUCGAGAGCAGGUUUAUGAACUUCAUCGUCUUUAUCAAACUCAGAAGAUGCUAAUGAGAGAAACUGCCAAAAAUAGGCGAAACUGGCAGGAAUACGUGAUUAAUUCCAAUAAGCUCAAUGAUGAUAACGAUAUUCAUACAAAGGCCAUGAAAUGUCUUGACUUGGAACAGCCUGCUAGAGAGUUUAUAGCAGAAUCAGAUGACACUAGAGUGCUCGACAUUGAAGAUUACUAUGAUCUUGAGUUGACAUUAGGCCCGAAAAGCUAUUCCACGAGGGGAAAAGCCGGUGGAACACCACCGGUAUCAGGUUCAGGACUGAGCAUUUCUUCUUCCUCCACUGGAUCAAACCAUGUAAAGAGAACAAGACAAUAUGCAAGAGAAGAACCAUUAAACCAGCAGAAAUGGGGACUAGAAAUUCCUGUGUCAAAUCCUAGUUUCCUUGGAGGAAGGAAAAAUAGUUCUGAGGUGGAAGAACAUAUAAGACAAGAUAGAUUAAAUACUCCACCUUGGCUUUUCCAGGUUUUAAGCCUGAAUAUGAGUUGAGAAAGGGGAAAAUAUUCAUCUCAACUCAGUAUAAUAAUAUCUGUAGACUGCAUAUUGUCAUCUGAUUCUGUGAAUAUUGAUUGGAUUUUAUUUUGAUAUUAACUUGCUAGUUUUUACUUGUAA